AGUCUUCAGAAUGAUGACUGCAAGUGUCUUCUUGGGGGGUUCCCUCUUUGUUUUGCUGAUUGUAAAUUUAUACAGCUUUCCUCUUGAGAAAGGCUCUAAUCCCAGCACUCCCUACAGUAGGAGUAACACAAACACAGCAGCUAAUGUUGCCUCAAACCAGGGAGGACCUUCAGCUAGCUUGUCUCCCGGACUUGUUCCUUACAGCCCUCAAUACAGAGGGGUUUUAGUGCCCAUCCAGCAUCCAGGUCUAUCUCAAUAUGCUGUCCAGAGUGACCCGACAGGAUAUGUCACCGCCGGUGUGUCCCAACCUGCUCAGGCAGGAGGAUAUACAGCCGGCUCUGUACAAACUGGGGUGCCUGUUCAACCUGCAGCUGGUUCAAAUUUUGGCGCUUCCUCAAGCACAAGCAACACAAAUGCUGCUGCUAAUGUUGCCUUAAGCCAGGGAGGACCUUCUGCCUACUCCUCUGUAGCAGUGCCUUACAAUACUCAGUAUGGAGGGGUCCCAUUGCAGCAGCCUGGUCUCUCUCAAUAUGCUGUCCAGGGCUUGCCAGCAACAUAUGCCAGCUCCAGUUUGUCUGCUCCUGCUCAGGCAGGAGGCUCCACAGCCAGCUCUACACAAACCGGGGGGGCUGUUCAACCUCAGUCGGAAAUCAACUGGGCCGUUCCACCUCCCAAACUCGGUGAGGAAACUUCGCCCAGCGCUCAAGGUCUUGCCUCCAGCACAGGUGACUCGCUGGGUCCAGUUCUGCCACCAUUACCUGCAUACCAACCAGGAGAAUUGUCCCACUUUGAGAAGGCUGCUGAGGCUGGCGAUUACCAGUCUGAGACAGAAGAACUAGGCCGCCGGACUGUCCCAGCUACGAUGGAGGCUGCUGCGGCAGCUGUGGCUGCUGCAGGUGGGCUGGCAUCCCCAGUCUUCAGUGCACAACAGUUUGGAAUGGGUGGCUUCUGGGGUAAUCCCUAUCCUUACUUUGACUUCAUGUUCCUGACUGGCCAGUACCCUGUGGGCACAGUGAGUCACUUCAGCCAGAACUACGAGCAGGGACGAGACUACGCUCACAGCACUCACUACCUGAAAGACCAGCCUUUCUACCCCAGCUUUGAUCAACAGAUUGUGACCAUUCCAGGAGGUCAGAGCCUUCAGAAUCCCAGCUUGUAUACAAGUCCUGUGCUGAGAGGCUACUACCAGGGCAGCACACAAACUCCCAUCACAGGUGUUCUACGGACAAGCGAUUAGAGGAGUCCCAACAGCAUGAGCACAAGUUUCAUCCAAUAAAGUCUUAUCAAGUACUUGUCAGAUUUUAAACAAUAUCUUGUGUUUGGUAGCAAGGGAAAUUCUACUGAGA